AGUCGUUUGACGCCUGCCGCGCGAGCGGGUGUCGCCACGAGAGCGAGUGACGAGCGAGCCGCCGGCCGGUUAUGGACGUUGCAUGAGCGGCCGCGACCGCUGGAGCCGACGGGACCGCUGGAGCGCGCGCCGUGGGUCCCGGGCGGCGCGGGCAUGCGCUUCGAGGGCACUGAGCGGCGCGACGCCGUCGCGUUCCACCCGCUGCUGGUGCCGCGACCGAGCGACUUCUCGGUAUCGGCGCUGCUGACGGCAGGCGCGCUACCGCCACCGCCGUAUCUGCCGGCAGCCCUGGCCGCCGCCGCCGCGCUGUCCGCGCCCUGCCCGCUGCUGAAACCGCCGCCUCCGCCUUACGCGCCUCUGCCGCCGGACGACGACGGCGUCGUCGACGACCCGAAGGUGACGCUCGAGGGCAAGGACCUCUGGGAGAAGUUCCACAAGCUGGGCACCGAGAUGGUGAUCACCAAGAGUGGCAGACGUAUGUUUCCUGCCUACAAAGUUCGCGUUUCUGGUCUUGAUAAAAAAGCAAAGUACAUUUUGCUAAUGGACAUCGUAGCUGCCGACGAUUGCAGAUACAAAUUCCACAACAGCCGAUGGAUGGUCGCCGGCAAGGCGGACCCCGAGAUGCCGAAGAGGAUGUACAUCCACCCGGACUCGCCGUCGACGGGCGAGCAAUGGAUGCAGAAGGUGGUCUCCUUCCACAAGCUGAAGCUGACGAACAACAUUAGUGACAAGCACGGAUUCGAGCUCAUCUAUAACCAAAGUCAACGGAUGUUGUCCAAACUGCUGUGGCCCAUCCCGGCCCCUAGUGCGCCCAGAGACCCCCACUCAGAUCAUUUGUGUGUCACGCAGACGAUCCUGAACUCGAUGCACAAGUACCAGCCGCGGUUCCACCUGGUGCGAGCCAACGACAUCCUGAAGCUGCCCUACUCCACGUUCAGGACCUACGUGUUCAAGGAGACGGAGUUCAUCGCGGUCACCGCCUACCAGAAUGAGAAGAUAACGCAGCUGAAGAUCGACAACAAUCCUUUCGCGAAAGGAUUCAGAGACACCGGCGCGGGAAAGAGAGAGAAAAAUCUGUCCGUGUACCGCAGGCAGGCGCUGCUGACGGCGCGCUCGGAGCCCCGAGACGAGGACGACGAGCGGCCUCUGGACGUCGGCGGCCCCUCGAGUCCGCCGGCCCCGUCCAGCACACACCACACCAGCACAUCCUGGUUCAGUUCUACCGCGGGCGACUCCGGCGCCGAAGAGGUCAACGAGGCCGGCUCGGACUCGUCCUGUUCGGGCGGCGCGCGCGCCUCCUCCCCUCCCGCGGGCCCCUCCCGGCCGUCGCCCGCGCCCGACGUGUCUCUCGGCCCCCCUGUGCAGCCCCCGUUACUCCCCUACCUGUACCCGCCGUCGCUGUACCCGCCGCCGUUCUUCCCGACGCAUCAGAUGCCGCCGGGUCUGCUGUUUAACCUGCAUCCGCUGCUGCAGCAGUACUCGCUGCCACCUCCGCCUGCAUUGCCUGCGCCUCCGAUAGGGAAAACGCACAGGUUCGCACCUUACGCUCUACCCGGCCUGGGCUCCGCGUUCGAGCAAGUCGCCCCGCGAGCCCGGAGUCUGAGCUCGUCGCCCGCGAGGCCGAGAGUCGGGUCGCCCCCCGCGCGAGCGGCCUCCGCCGACCCCCCUCCGGACGCCCCCACGGCCACCGCCACGGGCACCCCGCCGUCAGACCUGAAGAGCAUCGAACGGAUGGUCAACGGCUUGGACGUGGAGACGCAGGACUGACUCGGAAGAGCGUUGUAAAUACCGUGUAUUUAUAUCGAUGUAGCUACGCCUGGUGCAUUAUUCGUGUCUUCGAUGAUAGCAUUAUAUACUCUGUCAGCGCGAAGGGUUAUCGUCCCAUCGCGCCCUUCGUUCUAUGGUCGCCUGUUUUUAUUAACAUUAUUUUCUGAAAGCUUUAUGAAACAUUUUUAUUAAAACUUCACGUGUAUUACCAAUUUAGCCAAAUCGUAUUUUUUUUUUCAAUUAAAACAAUGAUAUCAAGUAAAGAUGCCAAUAGAUGCAGCCAGGCGCGGCUUUUUUGUAUCGUUCCUAUUUUUUUCUGUCGAGUUCUAUUCGGGUCGAUAUUCGUAUACUGAAUGUAAAUAGUUAAGUUAGGUAGUUAGGUUAUUAGACACCUGUAAGGCAGUUCAACGUGAACUAUGACGUCAGAAAACUGUUGACGGGCCGUUCACAUUGCGCUUUUUAGACUUCUAUGACAAAUUGUAACCUUGAUAAAAAUUUACCGUCUGAAAAGACAGACUUCAACCCUAUAGGUGAAAACGAAACCUUUUUAAAAAAAAAAUUUGAAAAAAAAUCCGGGCAAUACGAUAACGGACUUGCAAUAUAGAAGAAUAAUUUUGUAGUAUAAUUACAUAACUACAAAAUUAAAAUUUUUGGUGAAUUGGGCUGAGUUAGGCAUCAGAGUUAUAUCGAAAUAUAAUAUAUUCUAACGCUAUGAUAUGCCCGAAUUUAACAAACAACACGUCAAAAUAGCAAAAAUUUGCUGUCUAAUAGGACUCUACGAAGCGCAUAGUAUUUAUGUUUCAUUACCAUAGGGUCGAUAAUUUUUGAUGGAAAAAAUAUGAUUUAUGAGCAUUUUUGGUAAUUUUUCCAUUAUAUGUUUCUUAAUAACUUUUUUAUAUUCUAUAUAAUGAAAAUAUAUAUACUUACACAUAUAUAAAUUUAAUUUUUUCCAUACGUACACAGGUUAAAAAAAUAGGUAACUAUUUAAAUUUUUCUACACACCUGAUUUUAUUGUGACGUCAACUAGCAUAUUUUUUUUUAAAUAAAUCAAUUUUAGACUUUUAAUUUAUAAAAUUAAAAUUAAUAUUACUGCAAAUACCUACUUGCAAAAAAUCAUAUUUUUUCCGCAAAAAUUCCGACUUAUCCCAUAACAUUAACAUCGAACACUACACGUAGGUUACGCGCCACACAAUAGUAAUCACUAAUAGUUUUCCACCGGACUAGCAAUAGGCUUAAUAUAGAAACCUUUCGAAGUGAUGGAUCUGCAGUUGUGACACUAUACUUAACUGUUUUAAUGUUUUAUCUUUUGUCUAAGUAAAGUUUUGUCUUAAGAAAGUAGGUACAUUUGUGAGAAAAAAAAUAGGAAGUUUGGGACGAAUCGCUUGUCACUGAAACAGAGACAGAGAGAAUCGUAAUUUCUCUUUCUUCUGAUAGCAUUAAACAUAUGCAUUAUGCUAGUAUUGUAAUCCCAAAAAGGGGACAAGUAAUAUAGUUUUUAUUCUAAUGUUAAUGACAAAAUUGCUUUGCCAGAGUAUUUGACAUAAUUAAAAGUGAAUCAUACUUUGCGUUCUGUUAAAUUACUUACAAAAAAUGCUAUUAAUUGAUGUAGAAUUUAUUAUUAGUGCUAAUUAAUAAUAUUGAAAUAAUGUGCAAUUCAUUAGCAUUGUGUUUUGUGCUACAACUGCAUUUAAUCAAUUCGUCCAUCAAUUCAUUUAAACUCACCCUAUAGAGUAAUAUUAAAUACAUUGCUUUAUUUUGUAAAUACAAUUUGUAAGGUAUAUAUGCGUGUUUACUAUUAGACAUAUUUUGAAAAUAUGUUUGUCAAUUGUGCUGUGAGAUUAGCGUGCGUUUAAUUGUUGCUAAUAAUUUAAAAUGUCAAUUCAAAUGUCACUGACAGUUAUUUUUGAUAAUAAAAUGUAACAGUGUUGUUGCAAAUUCAAUUUGAUAAUGAUAAUUGUCAAACAUGUUUCUUACAAGAUUUACUUUGAAAUAUUUAUUUCGGCUCAAAAAAAUAUUUUAAUAACUUAUUUGUCUAGAAAUUAUAUUAAUUUUGUCUUGCCCCAACAAUUGGACGCGCGCGAAAAACGAUUGAUAAAAUCUAACGUUAAGUUAAAAAAAGUUUGUAAUAUAUAGUUGAUAACUAUUGUAGUUAAAAAUACAAAAUAUAUUAUCUAUAAAAUGAAAAUAAUUUUCCAUGGAAUUCAUUAAAUUUAAGCAUUAAGAGUUUAUUUCGAUUUUUUUUUUGUAAUAAGUACUUACAAGGUUUUACAAAAUAAAUGACUGUGGCGUAAAGUCGUCCCAUCGUGCGUGUUACGUCACUACUUUAUAAGCCAAUCAGAGCACAGGAAAAUGAUUGUAGACCAAUCAAAAAAGCAUAUACACAACUCACUUCGAUUCAAUCAUUUAUUUUGUAAAACACGUAAUCUGUAAAUUAUAACCAGAGAUUUGACAUGCAAUACAUUCGUUAUUUUGCCAUUUUUACAAGCUUGCGGCGAGGUCUGCGGGCAGUUUGUCAGUACAGCUGUAAUUGAGAAAUUAUUCAUUAAAAUAUAAUAGAUAAAUCUAUUGACAAAAUA